CCUCCUAAAGCUUUGGAAUCCCCCGGCAAUUAUUUCAUCUGAACGGUAGGAUAUCUCCGAUGACGGCGGGGAGAAGGGGAUGACGAUGAUGACGAGCUCCCAUCACCUUCAAUUCGAUUUCCGCUCGCGGCCUCACUGCCCACCCUUCCGAGGAAUUAGGGUUUUGGAAAAUCCAAAGUCGAUUUCUUCUUUUUCAACAUUGUUGUCCUUUGUUUUCUGCUCAAAUUCAAGUCCCGUGAUCUGUGGCGGACUCCACCGGUCUCAGUUCCCACGAUGGCUUUGUGGGGUUUCUCAAAGCAAAGCAACUUCGGAGUCUAAUGUUUCCACGGCUGCUUCUUUGGGAUUGCCUACUGCUUCUGAGGUGAUUAGGGAUUUCUACGAUGGCAUCAAUCGCCGCGAUCUUGACUCUGUGGAGUUAUUGAUAGGCGUGGAAUGCGUCUACGAAGAUCUUAUCUUCUCGAAGCCUUUUGUAGGCCGGAAGGCUACUAUGGAGUUUUUCAAGAAGUUUACAGAAUCUAUCAGCAGUGAGCUUCAGUUUGUCAUUGAUGAAAUAUCUAGUGAAGACACAUCAUCUGCUGGAGUUACCUGGCAUCUCGAAUGGAGGGGAAGGCCGUUUCCAUUCAGCAAGGGAUGCAGCUUCUAUCGUUUGGAGCAAUCAGAAGGCACCCGAAAGAUUAUCUAUGCACGAGACUGUGUAGAACCUGCCGUGAAACCUGGGGCAGCAGCAUUGGCUAUCAUUAGUACUGUUUGUUGGCUGCUGCAACGGUUUCCGCAGCUUGCUGAAAGGUUGUGAUGGGAAAAUAUUCUCAAACUCUCCUAUGCUUAAGCUUCAUUACACCUGUAAUUAUCGGGGAGAGCGUAGUUCACGGCGAAUGGGUAAAUGUGGAGGAGAAAUUCAUGGCAACAGGGUUAUGUUUGGAAGGGAAGCUCUAGCCUGGUUUCAAUGGAGGGAGGCUAGAUAUUCGAUCAAUUCAUGGGAGGAAUUCAAAGAUUGUUUGUUGGAAUCUUUCUGAGCAAUUCGGGAAGAAGACCUACACGAGCAAUUUUAUGCCUUGACUCAGGAGGGGAUUGUCAUGGAAUACAUGGAGAGAUUUGAGUUAUUGUCAGGGCGAUUGAGGGAGAUUUCUGAACCAGGAUUGGAAGGAAAUUUCAUGAAGGGCCUAAAACCCAACAUAUGGGUAUCACUCUGACUAUUACGACCGCGGAGAUUGAAGGAGACGAUGGAGCUAACUCUGAUGAUAGUGGACGAGAAUCAGAUGAAGAAGGCUAGCAAGAGCAACAUAGAUGGAACGUCUUAUUGAAUCACUACGACCACGACGAUACCAAAAGCUCAAACAGUGGAGGUUCAAAGGGAGGGUGCACUGGACACGAAUAAUAGACCACGACCGGGAGCAACACCCAAGCACUUUACCGAGACAAAGAUUCAGAAGAAGCGAGUCAAGGGGUUAUGUUUUCGGUGUGAUGAGAAGUUUGCCCUAGGACACCAUUACAAUGAUUGAAAAUUACAAGUUCUCAUGGUAAUUGACGAGGAAGCAGAGAAUAAAGAAAUGGAGACAACUGUGGAGGAGGAAGAACACUUACUUCUCUCCUUGAGGAUAAGAUAUCUUUUGUGGGGGGUAUUGUUAUGUUGGUGUCUAGCCUUAGUGA